UUAGUCGAAGCGCGAUCGUCGUACGGGUAACUCGUCUUUCUCGCGUGUCGUGUGUGCGUGCGUGUGUGUGCACACCGCAAGGAAAUUAAAACUCGUUUUUCUUCUCUCAGCGUAGUUGCGAGUGUGAAGUUUUCUCGAGGCGUAACUUAGAUCGCAUCGAAAGAUGGCCUGCAACCGUGCAACCAAAUCUGGAUUCGCUGCCGAGGCUCAGCGCAAAAUCAACAGCAAAUACAGCGAGGAGUUGGCGCAGGAGAGUUUGGAAUGGAUCAAAGCGAUCACCGACGAGAACAUCAAUACCAGCGGUGAUAUGGAUAACUUAUAUGAGACCCUGAAAGACGGUACUCUUCUUUGCAGGCUGGUUAACAGCAUCAAGGAAGGCUCGGUGAAGAAGAUCAACCAGAACACGAUGGCCUUCAAGUGCAUGGAGAACAUAAACGCCUUCCUCGAGGCUGCCAAGGGUCUUGGCGUUCCAGCUCAAGAGAGCUUCCAAACCGUCGAUCUUUGGGAGAGGCAGAACCUCAACUCGGUCGUCAUAUGCCUCCAGUCCCUCGGCAGAAAGGCGGGCAACUACGGGAAGCCUAGCAUCGGGCCAAAGGAGGCCGACAAGAAUAUCCGGCACUUCUCGGAGGAGCAGCUCAAAGCGGGCCAGAACAUCAUUAGCUUGCAAUACGGCAGCAACAAAGGCGCCAAUCAAAGCGGCAUCAACUUCGGCAAUACUCGACACAUGUAAUUUGCAACACUUGACCUUACACCUCUUUCCCCAAAAUCCAUAUGCAUACACAGACUAAAUCGGCUUGCGUGUAUAUUUGUGAGGAAUAUAUACACGCAUUGCCACUUUGACAUAUCAACGAGCUUGCGAGUAAUUUAUAAGAUUUCGACAUGAGAUAACGAGAGAAAUCUUUCAUUUUUCUUUACUUCUCGUGGCUAAAUUGUUAUCAUUUUCCUUUUGCGAGUGUCAUGAGUAAACAACUUUAACGUGUAUGUCGCAAAAUCCAUUUCCGUCAAUCUUAAAGUUGACGAUAUUUUUUUCUGAUUGGAAAACAAAACGUAUUCACUGGACGAUAUUUGGUGCCUUAACUGAAUUGCUCAACGAAAUGUUUCAACAGAUGUACUUUUACUGGUCUUCGAAAGACUUACAAUAUAGUCAGAUAUUUGAUAUAUGCGAGUCAUAUUCUAAACUACAACGAUUUGGACAAUUCGAUUAAUAAAAUUUUGUAAUUUAAUUUAUUAAAAUAUUCGCAUAUUUAGUUUGUAGUUGCAAGUUUCAAUCAGUAUUUGAAACAUUGAAAAUAUGUAUUUUGAUAAUUAUUUUAGAGAGUAUAACAACAAAAAUGUGAGAGAGAAAUGUCAAUUUACAAUACUUACAAAAAGAAUAUAUAUAUACUUAUAUUUUUGUUUAAAAUUUGAUUAAUAUUAAUAUUCAAGUUUUAUGAAAUAAAUUCAUUUAACUGAAUUCCGAUUUUUUUUCAAAAUUAUUAAGUGUUGCGUGCAAUGAAUAUAAAAAUCAGAAGUAUGUAACAAGAUAUCUUACUCUAUAUUUUGUUGCUAAAACUCGCACGUGUUGUAACAAACAAUCCUUAUUCAAGACCGUCUUGCGCGUGAUAUAUGUUAAAAUGAUUGUAAUGACAAUGAAUUUAUUUACCACUGUAUUAUUUACGAUUAUGAAUAUAUAGAUAAUGUUAUAAUAAGUAUUUUAUAUAAAUUAAAUUUGACAGUUAAAAUUUGAAAAAUAUUUUAAAAGUUCAACACCUUAGAAGGCCUUCGAAAAAAUAUAUAAAUCAUGAUGAUUAAUAAACGUGACACUGAGUGACAUACUA